AUGAUCGAGGAAAAGUUCCAACGUAUGGACGAACUUUGCAACCGGAUGGAGCUCGUUACUUCGAGCUUGGCGGGAUUCGUAGAGACAGGGCCCUUAUCGCAUGCAACGACAGUUACAUCCGUGGAGACCAACAAAGCCGAAGCACUCCCAAAUACCGACUCAGAACAGGAAAGGAUACCAGUACGCACUCAUGUCGAGGAGCUCGAUCUAGAGGCCUUCGCAACUGCAGGAACCACUCUGAUGGAUCACAUCAUGGCAUCAGAUUCAUCGGGCCGGCAAAGGUUUAUUGGUGGUUCUAUCAACAUGGAUAUGAUCGAGGCUAUGAACAUGGCAUCCCCAAUAGCCACCCUAUCCUCAACUGAUCACCCGAAUCGGACCAAAACUCAGAAGGAGCUCGAGUUACCAUGGUUUGCCAAAAAUGGCAGCUGGCCCAAGUUUCCAUACCUACCACGGAUACAGGAUUUGCCAUUUCCCCAAAAGCACAUUUCGGAUCUUCUGAUCAACACAUAUUUCGAUCGCUUGAAUUCAGUCUUUCCCUUGCUCUUCAGACCGGACUUUUUGAGGCGGUAUCAAGCGACUACGCUUGCGCGCGACGCCGAGUCGAGCAUGGAUUUAGGCUUCUUGAGUAUCAUGUUUGCGGUGUUUGCGUGUGGCUCCGGCCUCAUGCCUCGUGAACCAGGAGCAAGCUCAACCUUCACCGGCUUGAGGUACUAUGAGGCCGCGCUUGCCCUGAAUAUGGCAUCCACUGGGCAUGGCUUUCUAGAGCAGGUGCAGUGUCUUGGGUUGCUUUCGCUCUGUACAGCUGGCUGGAAUACGUUAGCGCAGAGUUGGAAGUUCGCAGGAUCUGCGGUCAGAGCAGCUCAGGAUCUUGGAUUACAUCGCGCUAGGGGAGAUUCCAGCAAGGCCAUAAGACAGGCGGAGGUAGAAUGUCGGGUCUGGUGGUGCGUCUACAGCAUCGACCGGCUGCUUUCUUUGUGCCUCGGCCGACCAUCCGCUGCUGAUGACCAAGACUGCGACUGCAGAUACCCUAUGAAAAUUGAUGACACAGAACUCGAGCGCAGCUUUGAUUCCCACUUACCUGGCACAUCCUCGCUGGUGGACGGCAGAACAGGUGGGCGUGAUAUGUCAGAAUUCGCAACACUGAUUGGUCUAUGCCAGCUCGCUGGCAGUAUCAAUCGUGCAGUGAACCCAAUUAGAGCUCGCUCUCGAGCCAGGCAAGUUGGCUCGCCUGCAGCUGAGGGUUCACUACGGAAAGAGAUAUCAUUACUCGACCAGGGUCUGAGCUCCUGGGUCGACCGGCUGGCCAAGUUGUCACCCCGCAUGCAGGGGUUGAAUCGAUUUCACCACCCCAACAGUGCCCUCAGUAUCAUGUGUUAUAUUUUGCACGCGAGUUGUGUUAUAACACUCUAUCGACCGCUAAUUACCAACACGCAAAAUCAAUCGCCUUUUUCAAAGCCGAGCAUUGCUCAACGUCAAUGUAUCGAUGCAGCCAGGAGUUGCAUUUUGAUCUGCGAGCAUCUGGAUGAGACUGUUGCCCCUUCUCACUACCUGGCUUUCGGAGCACACUACCUCAUGCUCAGCGGAAUAAUUCUGUAUGCUGCUGUCCCUCAUGCAAAAUGUGUGCUGACCAACGCCCAUAGAUUACGUCUCUCUGGGCCAGAUGAUACGACGGUACUGGAAGAUGUCCAAAAAUGCUUGCAGUAUCUCAAGAGAAUAGAAGAAGUUUGGACAGGCGUUCAUCGAAGUCGCAUCAUCCUGGAAGAGAUCUACUCCGCCUUCAUUGGCCCGCAAAGGCAGAAGGAGGGGAUCAAGCGCCCACUGGACGAGCUCAGCACGGACGACUCGGACGUCACGGCGAGGCUAUUGGAAGCAUUCAAUCAGGAAGAUUUCAAUGAAUUCCUGGAUGGGAGCUUCUACCAAUACUAG